AACUCCUUAAGCGCAAAUAAAUCUACCACGCGUCUUGACAAGUAUCUGCUGGAUCUUAUCGGCAAGGUCAACAAGAGCACCGAGAUCACCGAUCCGGCCAACUUUGGUCCUGCAGGUGUUACUUUCACCACCUUGCCUUUGGACUACAGACUUAACACGAGAUUGCGUAACAAGGUCGGCGAGGGUCAGCGAGGUUUCGAUAACUACGUCUUCGGUCAUCCUCGGGGCUACUUCCGCACUGCCGACUCGUUCGCUGUACACGUCGUGUCGCUUCUUCUCAACCGCCUUCAGCACUGCAAUUGUCGCAAGUGUCGCAACGGAACUCAGCAAGCCGCUCCGACUCAGCAAGCUGUCUCAACUCAGCAACCCCUCUUGACCGCUGCACCCACCAACAACAACAUGGCAGCCCCUUCCACCAUCAACAACAUGACGUCCUCUUCCUCCAUGGUGGGCGUUACCUACAGCCAACCCCCUGUCAACACCGGCAUCGACGACGACGGAACUCCCAAUGUCCUCGAAGAUCUUCUGCACCAAGCCAAGCAGAACCAGGGACAGCCCAUAAGUCUCGCCAUAACAGAGCCCCUCUCCAUGGACUGGCUGGCCGAACAAGAUCUUGCCGAUCUCCCUUCCUACCUCGAGGCUCUCAAAACCUCCUCGCGUUGGGCUCCUCGCCUCGGCGAGAUCGUCCUCGUUGCGCGCAACCUCAAGGACACCCAGCUAGUCAAGUUUGACGAUCAGGCUGGUAUCAACAAGGUUCACGAUCCGCAGUUGGGCUGGAUUGGCCUGCCCGUCUGGGAGGCCGCUGUAGUCACUCAGAUUGGUAAGAAUCAUCUAACCGCCGGCCUCCUCGAUCAGAAGCAACCCAUCGCAGACGUGGAUGGUUUCCGCGUUGAGCCCAUGCCCGAGAUUGGCAACUCCGACAAGCCCUGGUCGACUCGCUUCAAGACCGUCCAGCUGCUCAACGUCCGUCCCUUCCACUUCUGGCAGGAGCUCAUGAACGGCGCUGACAUCAACAACCCUCGCGAGUGCCACCCCACUGUCCGCCAUGCCCUGGCCGCCAUGUCCUCCAUGUCUGUUGUUGGACGCUACCACUUCAGUUCUAACGGAAAGGAGGCUCGCGUCUACUGCAAGGGCAUGUACAUUGGUGCCGAGUUCAUCGUCCCAGGCGACGUCGUUCGCUUCUCUUCGCUCAUCCACAACAACAGCUUCGGCAAGGAUGUCGUCCACAUCAAGCACAUCUACGUCAGCUACAACCUUGAACGCGAGCCCACUCCCCCUGGCAGUGUCCACAUUACGGGUGUUGCAUACACCACUGACAACAAGCACGCCUUCGGUCAGUACCAACGCCCUCUUCCCUUCGAAUCCUUGCCCUUCCCUGAUAUGCGCGGCUACGGUCUCUGGUACAAGAUGGGAGAAGGCGACACUCUGGUCCGCAUGCCAUACACCAAGCUCUUCACUCGCCUCUUGGAACAGAACUGGAUGUCGGCUGUCAUCGGCAAGCCCGCAACUACUAGAGUUGCUGCUGGAGGUGGUGCUCCAGGCAUCAACAAGGACCAUACCCUCGACAUUACUUACGGCGUCGAAGGCGUUCGUAUGGCUCGUGAGUACUCGACUCAGCACGAUGCUCGCAUCAACGAAAACGAAGGACAGCUCUGGUACCUGGGCGAGAACCGAGUUGAUCAGCUCGAUCUCACCCUGAUCAACGACCAGGAUGUCGGACACACGGCUCGCUAUGGCUUUGAGUCCACUCCCACCCCUCUUCAGGAGUCUCACCUUAAGGCCAUGUUCCGCGCUCGUAACGCCCGCCAGAAGCUCCCCAGCCUCAAGGUCGCCCACACCAACUCGGGUCCAUCCGGCGACCAACACUACCAAGUCUCGGACUUGACCGGCAGCGGCAUGACCGAUUUCCAAGACGUGAUUACCCCCGAAGACGUCGAAGAAGAAGAGUUCAGAACUGACUUUACGCAGCGUUACAUCCACAAAUUCGAGAGCGAGUUCACCCAGCGCAUCACCGACGAAGACAUGGACGAGUUCCUCUCA